AUGACUACCGAUCAUAUCAAUACGGAGGCGCUUUUGACCAAGUGGUCCGAUCUGUUGUUCAAAUCUCGGGCUGUCAAGCUUGACGCAGCGGAUAUCACUAGCAAAGAAGUACAUCCGCUUAUUCUGCUCGACAACGUUAGCCAAGUGCUCCUCAAGCAGGGAGCUUCUCGAGAAAGUCACGUAUUCUCUCAGAUCUCUGAAAUUGCCUCAACCUCACCCAACUAUGGAGGUCUUGGGCUGAAUACAGAUGUGCAAGUCACUGAAGAUGAUAUACACGAGAUUAGCUUUCUCAUCUCAGCCUGGCUAGAGGCACUCAACUCGGAUGACCGAAAGAAAUCCACGCAGGCCAGCACCCAAAAGCUAGCUCCAAAGGAUAGACCGCCAAUGACUGUUACCGAAAAGAUAUUCGCUAUGCACGCCAUUGACUCUAAAGGCUAUGUAAGAACUGGUGACACUAUCCGAGUAUCUUUGGACUGGAUCAUGGCUUCAGAGGCGUCAUGGGCUGGUAUGGAAGGAACCUAUAAUCGCCUGGGAAGUCCUGGCAUCUUCCGCAAUGAUCGCUUCUGGCUUGCCGGUGACCACGUCGUAGAUCCUAGGAUCAAAGGCAUGCCUCAAGUUAAGAGGCUCAUUGAGUCAUCUGAAAAAGCGCGCAAGGUCUUUAAAAUGACCGAGUACCAGGGGAUGAACUACACCAUCAUGCAUACAGAGUUUUUCAGAGAGCGUGCCCAACCAGGUAUGCUCCUCAUCGGCUCCGAUUCCCACACAUGCUCUUCCGGCGCAGUUGGCUGUCUUGCCAUUGGGCUUGGAGCGGCGGAUGUCACCAUGGGUCUCAUCACGGGAGAGACGUGGUUCAAGGUGCCUGAGGUUGUCAAGAUUGAAUUCGUGGGACAACCAAGUCGUGGAAUUGGAGGCAAAGACGUCAUUUUAUACGUACUGCAGCGACUGAAGAGGAACACGGUUGCCUCGGAUCGCGUGGUCGAGUAUACAGGGCCUGGUCUUAGUUAUCUUUCCCCAGAUGCACGUUUUGCAAUUUCCAACAUGACGACGGAGUUGGGAGGUGUGACUGGGAUUUUCACUCCGGAUCAUAUAACCAAGGCAUUCAUUGAUGGACGAAGAGUGGCGCGACAUAGGAACGCAUCAACCUACUUUCGUGCAGACGAGGGCGCAGUCUACGCCGAAUCGCACGUCAUCGAUUUAGCCAAGGUUGAAUCCUUUGUGGCUAAAUAUCCGAAUCCCGAUGAUGUCGUUCCGGUGACAGAUGUCCUGGGCAUGAAGCUGGAUGGGUGCUUCAUUGGAGCCUGUACCACAGCAGAAGAAGACAUCAUUCUCGGCGCCUUGGUCUUGGAGCAAGGGCUGAAGAGCGGACUAUCUCCAUCAAAGGACGGCAAAAAGAGAAAGGUGGUCCCUGGAUCUCUACCUAUUCUUGACAAGCUGCGAAAAUCGGGACUUGCACAGAUUUAUGAAGAUGCUGGCUUUGAGAUUGGUGUUCCAGGAUGCAGCUAUUGCGUGGGUAUAUCUGCGGAUCGCGCGAAAGAGUCUGAAGUUUGGCUGUCAUCUCAGAAUAGGAACUUUGAGAACCGUAUGGGCCAAGGUUCCAUCGGAAAUCUCGCUUCGGCUGCGACUGUGGCAGCGUCGUCUUUUCAGAUGACCGUGACAAACCCGCAACAUUUCAUUGAUCUGAUCCCUCCAGAAAGAUGGGAGCUCUUGAACGGUCGCGGAUCUCUAAAGGGAAAGCUGUCAGGAAAAGAGCCGGACUGGGUUGAGCCAGCAAGUCCUGUUGAAGCAACACCAGAAAGUGUAUUGAGCGACAAUCAGUCGGCAACACCAGUCACUCAAAAUGAUGAUUCCAAGGAUUCAGAUGUGGUAGCGGCAGAGGCUUCAGACCAGCUUGAGAAGAAAGGAGAAAAGCUUAUUCACGGAAAGGUCCAAAGACUCGGAGAUUUCGUUGAUACAGAUGCGUUGGCACCGGCCCAGUUUCUUGUCUCAUCUAGAACAAAUGAAGAGAUUGGAUCCCACUGCCUUGAAUAUACAAAUCCAGAGUUUCGCACUCGAGCCAAAGAAGGCUUCAAUGUCGUGGUGGCAGGCAAGGCAUUUGGCUGCGGCUCUUCACGGGAGCAGGCGGUAUCAGCACUACUUGGAUGUGGUAUCAAGUGUGUGAUUGCCGAAUCUUUUGCCUUUAUUUACGGCCGCAAUCAGCCCAGCCUCGGCCUCUUUGGAUUUACCAUGGACGACCCGGCCUUUUUCGAGGCAGCCGUAGACAGUGCAGAAAUCAGUAUUGAUUUGGAAAACAAUCGGAUUAACAUUGGAGAAGCCGAGUUUUCUUUCCAGUUGUCUACCAUGGAGAGAGAAUUGGUAGAAGCAGGAGGCAUCACUCCGGCAUUUAAAAAGUUUGGCAAACAGCUCUUUGACAUGAUUUGCGGCAGCACCAAGGACGCCGGGAGAGCUGUGGAAGUUGGUGGCCAGGCGGCCGGUAUGCAAUGCCAAUCGGCCAAUCUCGCCAUCUUUCAUCUCAUUGUAAACUCACUUCUCACGGGACAGAAACAUGUAUUGAUGGCUCCUGAACGAGUCCGAGUGCGUCGUCAUCCAGCAUGUCGAGACUGUAGAGUGCAAAAGGUCAAAUGUGAUGCCGAGCCCCCUGCUUCGUGUACGCGAUGCCGCCACAUGCAGCUUUCUUGUGUUGUCGAACGCACUCCGGCAUCUCGGCGGACCAAAGCGCAGCUGCAAAGCGAGCUGGAGGCCAUGAGACGCCGCACUGCAGAUGAGGAGAAUGACACUGUAUUAGACAGCCCCACACCCGGACGAAGGAUGGCGAGACCUUCCGGCGUCGAUGUUGCGGCUGGAGCUCCGGAUUCUAUCCCAGAUGCGGCAGAAGUUCCAUUCUUGACUCCACUGCUUGUUUCGGCUUCGGCUUCAGAUGCGGUACUUGCCAGUCCACAGCCAGCAACGACGCCCUCAACAGCUAAGGAGAGUGGUGGUCAUCAGUCUCUCAUAUUACAGAAUGAUUCAAACGAAUCAAUAGCUAGCGGCAGAGAGUUUGAUGGGCAACUGGUAUCUGGUCGCAAAAUUCAGGACUGCUUCGAUCUGUAUACCUCCCAAUUGCUUGCCAGCCAUCUGGACCCCGAUACUGACUAUCCCACAGAUUCUUUAGCUUUUCUCUCAGAUGGAGGAGACGGUGGCGACGAUACAAGCCCUCAACAAGAGACCAAGCUACCUCUCAGACUGUGCGAAAUCAUGAUUUGCGCAACUGAGGCUUUGAGGAGAAUCCAUGGCGGUCGUGACCCCGAAAAAGCUGCGUCACUACUAUCGUGUAUUAGUUUGUUUGAUGCGCAGCUAACGAGAGCUGCGUCUCAAGGGCAAACAGCCAUCGGUAAGAACAGUUUCUUCCGGGAAGUUGACUCUGACAUAGUGCUAAUGGUCGAGAAACAAGAUUCUAUUUAUUUCCAGUGCUUCCGUCUACAUCUCCUUUCAUGCCACUUCCUCAUAGACCCAGCGUCUCGAAAACUCGAGGCCUUUCUUCCUCUUUUCGCAGUCGCAUGCAGCUUCGUCAACACCGCGUGUCAGCAGUCGUGGAAUGAAGGGGCUACCGCCAAGAAUGCACCCGUCGUUGUUCAAAAAUCUGUUAUGCUGGCGGCUUUUACAAUUCUGAAAAUUCAUCGCAGUGAGCUUGCACCACACUUGGAUCUUCAGGCCGGUGAGCAAGCUUACUUCGCCGCCAUAUUCUUUGCCCGAGAAGAGUCGCUGCAAAAUAAUGAUCUGAGCGCGAGGGCCGCUUCCAUACUCGGCCAAUUAUGGAACAGCCAAUCGAUAUUUAAAAAUAAGGAUGGAACAGUGGAUAGCCUUACCAGUCGAAUCUCUAGUAGGUUGUCAAUGAGCAUCCUCUUUGAUUGCCUAUGGUGGUGGAGACAGGAAUUUGGUGGGUUGGGCAAUCCUUACGAGAAUAGACAGCAGACUCGAUCCGAGACCUUGAUUGGAAAUGAGAAUGUCACUUCGUAUGCGCUGCCAGCAACUGGUGAUGUAAAUGCAGUGCCGGACAUUCAGCAAUCGGCACCAUUUGCUGAUGAACCUUUUGUUGACUUUGAUUGGGCUAUGAACCUAGAUAUGACUGAUUGGCCUAUGUAG